AUGAGCCUAGCGCUCCGCAACCUGCAGCGGGCGGUUCCCCUGCGGCGCGCGCUGCUGCGCCAGAGGCUGCAGGCGGUGCGCGAGGCCCUGGGCGUGCAGGCCUUCGACCUGGGCGUUGUCUGCGUCGACAACCGGAAGAUUCAGCAGAUGAACAGGGUCUACCGAGAGCAAGACACCCCGACCGACGUACUCUCCUUCCCCUUUUACGAGAAUCUGAAAGCAGGUGAAAUCCCCCAGCCCAGCUUUCCAGAUGACUAUAAUUUAGGAGACAUUUUCCUGGGCGUGGAGUUUAUCCUCCAGCAGUGCAAGGAAGAUGAAGAUUACUAUGACAUCCUGACUGUGACUGCCACCCACGGGCUCUGUCACCUGCUGGGUUUCACACACAGCACGGAGGCCGAAUGGCAGAAGAUGUACCAGAAGGAGAAGCAGGUUCUGCAGGAGCUGAACAAGCACAUGGGGACCAGGCUGCAGCCCCUGAGCAGAGGCCUCUUCUGA